UCGAAUGUUUUAUGCACUGAAAAAAAAAACAAUAAUGGAUUUUAAAAUUUGUGUAUUGUUUUUACAUUUGUUUGUUCACUUUAAUACAGCUAAUGCAGGAAUUUGCGAAAAUCCAUGGAGAUUGAGGGAUCUUUUUAGAGCGGUUUUAUAUGAUAGUUCGCAAUCUGACAGUGUUACCGAGGCUACAGUAACGAAGUACAUAAAUAAACCAGAGGCGCGCAAGAGAUUUGGAUUUAGUAAUGAGGAUGCCAAAAAGAUAAUCGAUUCCGUGUAUGUUGGAGAAAUGACAGAAAGGGAAUUUGUAGCAUUAGUAACAUCAAAAUUUACUUAUCGUCAACUCGCAAAAAUUUAUAAUGACAUUGAUGAUGAGUCUGCAAAACCAAUGAAAAUUGGUAGUCUUAAAUUAUUCGCUGUCCAUUUUCCAAUUACCAAGAAAAUUGUUAGGAGUUACUUGAUGAGGGAAAAAGAACAAUAUAAUCUAAGUGUAACGGAUGUCGAAAAUAUAACUGAACCAUUAGAGGAUUACAAUAUGACUUGGGAAGCAUUUUAUAAAUUAAUGAUUUUUAAAUACUAAAACGUCAGCC